UCUCGACUAAACCUGCCAGUGUGCCAUAGACUUUUAAAAAGUACGCGCGCCGCGUCACCGCUCUGCGCGCGCGCCUAUUUUUACGCAUAAAUAAAUUACUUUUUCGUUAUUACUCACGUGAUUAGUUUAAUUUCAAUUGCAAUUUCCAAUUUGUGUGAUUUGUUAUUAUGGCGCGUCGGUCAGUGCUGGUGUGCGGUGUUUUGCUGCUACUAGGAACCGUUUGCAAAGCAAACAAAGAUUAUGAUAACUAUACACUCAUCAGACUCAAACCUAACAGUGAAGAACAAGCAUUGGUGGCAAACGCAAUCAAUGAUACAGAAAUAGAUGUGCUGAAAAUAAGCAGAGGACAAAAUGACACGAUCGAUUUACUUGUGCCACCUAGUCGCGUGAACUAUACUAGAUCCUUUGCCGAUCUCAAUAAUUUGGGAUUUGAGGUCAAACAGGAACACUAUGGCAGGAGUUUAUCUGAAACUGGUCCACCUGAAUCCCCUGAGUUGGAUGAGUUGCCACGGGCAGUGCGCACAGCGAGGCGGAGUCACAGGAGGUCAUUCAACCUUUACGGAUACAAUUCAUACAAAGAUAUCCUAGAAUUUCAAGACACGGUAGCGAGGCGGCGGCCCGAGCUGGUCCAGGUGGAAGACUUCGGUACCAGCUACCAGGGUCGCAGGAUGAAGCUGACGAAGAUAUCCAAAGAUCCUAGUGCCGGGAACCCUAUCAUAUUCAUCGAUGCGGGUAUUCAUGCUAGAGAAUGGGUUGCCCCCUCGAUGGCCUUGUACCUUAUUCACCGUCUGACCAACGACCCAGGCGCUGUUAGCAACGAGCUGGAUGGAAUCGACUGGUACAUCUUGCCUGUUGUCAAUCCUGACGGGUACGAGUUUAGCAGGGCAAGCAAAUUUAACCGAAUGUGGAGGAAAACGAGAUCAGAGAAUGCAUUCUCCUGCUACGGUGUGGACGGGAACAGGAACUAUGGGUUUAAGUGGGCCGUAAGCGGCGUUUCCAACAACCCGUGUAACGGUGAAACUUAUGCAGGGCCGAAACCUUUCUCCGAACCAGAAACCAGAAUCGUGCGCAAUAUUAUGAUGAAAAACUCCCAACGAAUGAAGCUAUACGUCUCAAUGCACUCGUAUGGCAAUUACCUCGUCUAUCCGUGGGGUUACACGGGUGAUUACUUGCCAAAAGAAUGGAAGAAGCUAGAUUCUUUAGCGAGAUCUGUGUCUAAAGCGGUAGAGAGCGCUGGAGGCCAACCAUUCAAAGUCUUAAGCGCUGGAAAGUGGUAUCCAGCAGCGGGAGGCAGCGAUGACUUCGCUUUUGGCGUCGUGGGUGUCCCAUACUCAUACACCAUGGAACUGACUGACGGCUACGAGUUCACAUACCCCGAGAACCUGCUUAAAUCAACGCUUCCACAAUUCUACGAGGGGUUCAAAGCUUUUAAAGAAAACAUAAAGAGAGAGUAUAAUCCGUAAUGGGAGAUUUUAUUUAGAACAUGAUUGUAUAUAUUUUAAUGGUUAUAACUGGAAAUAAACACAGCGGUUUUUUAGUGAAAUUGAAUAAUACAUUUUAUUGUGUUAUACA